CUCUUCUCUCCCUCCAUUCCAAAGCACACACCACAACACACAUCUCUCUUCACUUGAUCCAUUCCUCUGCAAUACAAUGGCUUCCUCUCUCGCCGUGAAGCGCCUCCUCUCCUCCUCCGGCCACCUCUCCAGGUCUCUCUUCCGCCCCGCUGCUACUGCUUCUGCUUCCCGCUCUUUCAACACCAACGCCAUGCGCCGCUACGACGAGGCUUCCGAUGAAAGCGACGUCGACGUCGACCGCCGCUCUGACCGUCGCGCUGCACGCCGCGAUGAUUUCUUCUCAGGUAAUGUGUAUGAUCCAUUUUCUCCAACUAGGAGCUUGUUCCAGGUUCUGAACACGGUGGAUCAGCUCAUGAACAGCCCCUUCAUCACUCCUCCAACCAGGAGUCUGAGCCAGGUUUUGAACACGGUGGAUCAGCUCAAGAACAACCCUCGUGGAGCUCGAAACGGCUGGGAUGCGCGAGAGACAGAGGAUGCUCUGCUUCUGCGUGUGAACAUGCCUGGGCUGGGAAAAGAGGAUGUGAAGAUUGCUGUGGAGCAGAACACGCUGACCAUCAGGGGUGAAGGUCCAAAGGAAAGUGAGGAGGAGGUUGGUGGUGGUCUUCGCUACACCAGCAGGAUUGACUUGCCGGACAAGCUUUACAAGAUUGAUCAGAUCAAAGCUGAGAUGAAGAAUGGUGUGCUCAAGGUCACUGUGCCUAAGAUGAAGGAAGAGGAGAGGAGUGAUGUGUUCAAUGUCACGGUUGAUUAGAAUAACUUUUGAUGAUAUAUCAAGUGACUUAUAACUUUGUUGAAUGAACUUGCUUUUUGAGGGUAUUUUGUGAAUGGUGUCUGUUCCUCAGUUGUUAACUUUGUUGAAAGUAAUGAAUUAACUUGUUGGUUAAA